GACAGCUUGGCGCAAAUUUCACAAUUCAAUGUUUCUUUUGUUUGAAAUUGUAUCGCAAUUGUACAUAUUUUGUGUUUUAUAUCAUUUAUUACGUUUAUAGAGUGAUUAUCAAUACUGCCUAUAUAUAUACAUAUAUAAAACAUACGAUGGCGCCUACCAAGCACGCAAACGGAAGUGUGACUGCCACAGCGCUGACCACACUUGGGGAAUCUGCAAAUGAUUCCGCUACACAGCAGGCUCUUCGUUAUGUGCGCGAUUUUUGCACGCAUGCCACAAAUUACCGAAACCAGCAAACUAUUGAAUCAUUGGCGUUGCUAAAUCGCUCCGCUUCAUUACUGAGCACAACUGUGCAACCACAAUUAUUUAAUCCUUUACAGUUGGAAACAUCUAAACUUUUCAUAGACUUGCAUGCGGUUAUGGGCAAUUUAGCUGCUGACUCUGAUGCACUUUGGGCUUGCGUCGCGCUUUUGCAACAUUUAAGUCGCAAUUUGACAGCACGUCGCGCAUUAGUGCAGGAUUUUCGAUUUGUGCCGCUGUUGUCUUUUGUGCUUAAACGUUCGCAUGGACAAGAGAAGAUUCAAAAGUUAUUAACGCUCAUGCAAGAUUUAACAUUUGGCAUACAAAUUAGCUGGGAGGAACCAUAUUUAAUAGUUCUACUCGAACAGCUAGUAAAUAUUAUAUAUCAAGCUACUGAGGACAGUGAGGAAAGCCUGGCACAGUUGGCGCUGUCUGUGUUAAUCAAUUUGUGCUAUAAAAAUUUUGUGGUAAUGUUUCUAUUCUUACGUUCGGUGAAUAUUUCAAAUUUUACGAAACGUAUACAAAGCUUUGGUAUGCUGGCGAGUAAAAUGUUGAUCAUACUCAGUGAAGAUACGCAUACGCCUAAUCAAAAAGAUUUGGAGUUAUUUAUACGUUCAACGUUUGCUACCGUUGAAGAAUGUAUCAAAAGUUGGAACGUGCCGUAUUUACAUCAUUUAAUUGAAUUUCUACUGGAUUCCAAGUCACACUCGUGUCUACAUCGCUCAAUGCUAAGCUAUACACAUUAUUGUGAAGAUGUGGAGCGUCUACUUAACCAACUGGAGUCCUGUGGUCUCACAGAAGAUGUAGAGGAGCACAUCUCUAAGCAACGGCAUACAUGCCUAAGCUUAAUUUUUCGACUGAUAUCCUAUAUCUUACAAUUGAGCAUAAUUCCACAGACUGAUGGCAAAGAAAACGUAAUAAGCCUGGAAUCAAAUGUACCAAGAAUAUUUGAAUUGCUUGGCAAGUGGCUGGAUUCCGAUAUAUGUGGAGUUGAUACUGUGCACUUACUAAAUGGUUUAAUAACAUUGGUUCCUAAGGAGUCGAUACCGGCACGCAUUGCGCGCGAUCCCUCGUACAUCGUGCAAUUAAUUAGUAUAUCCGAAAAACCAGAGACUAGGGCACGGCACAUAUCCGUUAUCCUUCAAUUGUUGUCCUCGCUCUUACAUCACUCAAAGACGGAAAAGUUGGUUUUAUCACGUAUAACGGAGUCAUAUUUUGACAAAAUGUUUGCACCGCUAAUAAGCAGUGGUCGCACAGAUAUACCACUGAACGCAACAACACCGGAGGAGAUCGAAAAAUACACCUACUGCCUGCUAUUAUUAAUCAAUUUCGCGGGUGUGGCGAAGAAGGCGUAUUUUGAGAAAUGUUGCACGCUUUUACAAUUCGCAACCAUACAAAAGGCAUUGGCACAUGCCAUGGUCGGAGGCAGUGAGGAGGUGUGCGGCGCUGUUUUCCAAAUUUCUCAAUUCGAACGUUUCCCACAAGCUGAAGUUGCAAAUCAAAUCUCGAAACUAACACCCUACAAAGGUGUAGGUGGCAAUAAUAACUCCACAACAGACAGUGAUCAGUGGCAAAGGUUGAAUAUUAUAAUGAAAAGUCACAAAACAUUUGUGGGCAAGGAAAUGGAAGAACGUCUAAAUGCGCUGAUUGAACUGAUAAGCAGCGCGCAUCGUAACAAUCAGUUACAGAAUGUCGCUAUGUCGCAGGUUAUUGAGUUAUUCAAUUACAAAAGUGAAAUUUUUAGCUGCUCUGAGAGUUGCAUGCAAAGGCGUUUGGAAAUCGCUAGUGAGGAGAUCACAAAUUUAACGCAGCGCAUCAAUUUGCAAAAUGCUGAGUUGCAAAAAUAUGAGAUGAUGAAUUUCGAGCUACACGUCAGUCAGGAGGGCUUACAAACGCAAUGUCAAGAUUUGAAACAGCAAAAAGACAAUCUGAAACAUAAUUUGGCGAGUUUGAUGAAAAAGUUGUCAGAACAAUCGGAAUCGUUGCAAAUAAGCGAAAAGCGCUUGACCGUUAAAGUCUCCGAAGUUAUAGUAUUGCAAAAGGAGAAUGGCGAGCUGAAGGAGGAACUGACUACAAAAACCAAGGAACUGGAGAAAAUGCAAACCAAUACGCGAGAAAAUGCAACACGCAUAGAAAAGUUGAAAAAGUCGAUCGCUGCCUUCGAACUUGAUAUCAAGGAGAAAUCACGUCUUAUUGAAGAGCGCGAACGAGAAUUGAGCAAAAUACAUAAGCUUUACGAAGAGCAGAAGGAUGCAAAGAAGAAAUCGGACGACGUUAUAUCCGUGUUGGAGGCGCAAAUCCAGGACAAAAAUGAGCAAAUACGCAAUUACGAGUUGGAGCUGAGUGAAACAGAGGAGUUACGCAAAACCAUAAUGAGCCUAAUGGAAAGUAAAAAGCCCAAGCGAAAAACGUAAAUCCAAGACUUUUUCGCUAGAAUGC